AUGAACAAUAAACGAAAGGUUUUACACAAGUACUCGAUAUUAACAUUGUAUGUUCGUGUUUACUUGUUUAUUUUUUCCACCUAUCGUCGUUCGUCCAUUGAUUCCUUCACUCGUUUGAAUUCCAAGUUUUUCUCGUAUUAUUUUUCAAUAUCUCCAUACGACAUGUCGUCACCAUUGAUUCAACCAGAAAAAUUUCAACAUAUUCUUCGUGUACUCAACACGAACAUAGAUGGUCGUCGCAAAGUUGGUUAUGCUUUAACAGCUAUCAAAGGUGUUGGUCGUCGUUUUGCUCAUGUUGUUAUACGUAAGGCCGAUGUCGAUGCAACCAAACGUGCUGGUGAAUUAACUGAAGAAGAAGUCGAACGCGUCAUCACCAUUAUUGGUAAUCCAAGACAAUAUAAAAUCCCUGACUGGUUUCUCAAUCGUCAAAAAGAUAUCAAAGAUGGCAAAUAUUCACAAGUGACAUCCAACAAUCUUGAUACCAAAGUUCGUGACGAUUUAGAACGUAUGAAGAAGAUUCGUGUCCAUCGUGGUCUCCGUCACUAUUGGAACUUACGUGUACGUGGUCAACACACAAAAACAACCGGUCGACGUGGUCGUACUGUCGGUGUAUCGAAAAAGAAAGCUUAA